ACUGCUCAAACGUGGAAGGAAAAAGCUCAAUCAGCCAAAUACCAACCAAACUCCGAUCUCUCUCUCUCUCUCUCUCUCUCUCUCCGAAGAAGAAGUAAUGGCGGUGGAAAUGGGCGGCGGCGGAGGAGGGACGCUGUCGGAGAAAUACCAGAGUUCGAAGAAGCUUCUGCUCAGGAGCAGAGAUGGCCUUGAGCGCCUUGAACGCCUCGAGUACUCCUCCACCUCCGCCUCCAUUGAUUCUCCCGAUCUCUCCUUCUCCGUCAAGAAAGACAUCUCUCAGAUCCACUCCAUCUGCGCCGAGAUGGAGCGUCUCUGGCGUUCUGUCCCCGCCAAGUCCCAACGCGAUCUCUGGAAGAGAAAGGUUGAGCAAGUAGCGGAGGAGGCGGAAUCUUUGAAACAAAGUUUGGAUAAGUAUUUUCUGCGGAAUCAGAGGAGGAUGAUGGAAGCUAAGGAGAAGGCAGAGUUGCUUGGGAGAGCUAAUGGGGAAUCUGCUCAUGUGUUGAGAAUUUUUGAUGAGGAAGCACAAGCAAUGCAAUCGGUUCGUAAUUCUUCUCGUUUGCUGGAGGAAGCUAGUGCCACGGGAGAGGCCAUCCUUUUCAAAUAUUCAGAGCAAAGAGAACGCCUUAAGAGGGCACAAAGGAAAGCGCUGGACGUUCUUAACACAGUGGGGCUGUCCAACUCUGUGUUGAAGCUGAUUGAGAGACGACACCGACUUGAUAGAUCGAUCAAGUAUGCAGGGAUGCUAUUCACUGUUGUCAUUGUGUUCUUCUUUUGGAGGUGGACACGGUGACGGCAUAUUUUGAGAAAGGAAGACGGUUAUAUUCUUGGCCUCCUCUUUAUGUUUCUUGUGGUUAAUAUGUGGCCUCGGUUUGAACUUUGAAGACAAAAAACAAAAACAAAAAAAAAAAAAAAGGAAAAAAAAAAAAGAAGAAGAAAAGAUACAACAAUAGAGAAGCAGUAGUAAGCAAGAGAGGUGAUGUUAAUCAUCUAAAUGUUGUAGUAGGUGUAAUUUUGUAUUGCUACAAAGCAAUACAACAAUAGUUGUAUCUUUCUUUCAUUUCAUCUCAAUAUCUUUUGAAAGUUCUUAUUAUGUUUCACGUUCGGUUGCCACUGGCAAUACUCAAAUUAAGCUUAGACUAGUAGACUGUGGAAGCAAUACUCUCCCACUUCCUAAAGUCCUUAUUUGAAAGACAUUUGUACA